UGCUCCACAAGGACUGGUCCCCACUUCCACAAACACCUUCAUUCCCUUUAUUUUUUUUACCUUUUUCUUCACCGACCAGCCAACCAAACUACUACUCUUUCUUCUUCUUGGAACACCUCGUCGACAAAACGCGUUUGAACCACAUAAUGGAGACCGGCAUCAACAACAUUCUCAGCAAGCUCACGGAAUCAGAAGGAGUUAUCGGCGUACUGAUCGCAGACGAACACGGUCUCUGUCUUGGAGCUCGCGGGAUCGCAAAGGCUUCCUCCGCAGGAUUCAUCGCCUCGAUUGCCGCGCACGCCAGGGAACUCACAGAACUAAAGGCCCCCUCGGAUCUCAAAGAAGACACACCCACCAUCUCGGUCGACUAUGGCAACAGCACGAUAUUAAUCAGGAGCGAGGGUAAUCACACUCUCGCGGUCUGGAAGAGUUGAGCGGGCAAUACACGAUCCCCCCGUAAUUCCCCUUCCACCUCCGUAAUCGUAGAUAGCAAUAACCAGCACCACAAAGACAUGGAUGAAUGAACAAAACCAAAAAAAGAAAAAGGUAUAUCUAAUACCGUGGA